AAGACUAAUAAAGGCAUUGGCUUCGCAUCAUCAAGAGAAAACGAAAGAAAAGCCGCGCUGUUUGUUUAUCCACUUGUUUCCCUUAUUAUCCUCAUCAGUUUCAAGUUUUGAACUCAACAAUGGCGACUCUCACCUCUUCCAUGCAGGCCAAUCUUCUUUCUGAUCACUCCUUAUCUCCUCCUUUCCAUUCUUCUUCUACCGUUUCUUACUUUCCCGCUUCCUUCUCACUUCACUUCUCUGCGCUCAAAGUUCAUGCCCUUUCUUCCAAUGCUUCUGCUUUCUUCAACUCUUGCAAGAACUUUGGAACCAUUGAGACUGCAUCCCGUAACCGUCAUGCCUCAAACUCUUUCAGUAUUCGGAUGACCUGGGACGGCCCCCUCUCCUCUGUUAAAUUAAUUGUUCAAGGCAAAAACUUGGAGUUGACUGAAGCAGUUAAGAAGCACGUGGAAGAGAAGGUUGGCAAGGCAGUCCAGAAGCACAGUCACUUAGUUAGAGAAGUAGAUGUUAGACUUUCAGUUAGAGGGGGGGAGUUUGGGAAGGGUCCAAGGAUUAGAAGAUGCGAGGUUACUUUAUUCACAAAGAAGCAUGGAGUUGUACGGGCAGAGGAAGAUGCUGAGACCGUAUUUGCAAGCAUUGAUUUGGUAUCCUCCAUCAUACAGAGGAAGUUGAGAAAGAUUAAAGAGAAAGAUUCAGACCGUGGCCGACAUGUGAAAGGAUUUGACAGAUCAAAAGUAAGAGAACCUGCACCCAUAGUAGUUGAAGAUGAGGAAGAGGAAGUUUUUCAGGAAGAUGGUGGAGAAGUUAUUGACGAGAUUGUUCGGACAAAAUACUUUGAUAUGCCACCUUUAACAGUUGAAGAAGCAAUCGAACAACUCAAGAAUAUUGACCAUGAUUUCUAUGGUUUCCGGAAUGAAGAAACUGGUGAGAUUAACAUCUUAUAUAAAAGAAAGGAUGGAGGAUAUGGACUUAUUAUCCCAAAAGAAAAUGGCACAGCUGAGAAAUUAGAGCCUGUGACAAUUGAAGCAACCAGAGAACCAUCCUUGGCGGAAUGAUGGGAAUUCACGGAGGAAGUUUCACGUUCAAGAUAGCUUACCACUGUUACCUUUGCUUAAAACUUGAAAACUUCGACUUCAAUAUGCAUCUGAAGGCCUUUCUUGUAGAGAGUAUAUAGAUUUAGAUUUGAGGCUAUUUGGUGAUGAAGACAAUAUUGGAACGACAAAUGAGUAACAAGUAAAAUAAGAUGCAAAAUAUUCUAAUGAACGAAUGAUUCAGCUUGCUGGGGUGUUACCAUGAAAAUAUGUUCUAAUGAAGAAUGAUUCAACAUGCA